AUGGCGGCGACUGCAGCGACGGCGGCCGGCAGCGGCGAACUCUCCCUGCAGGACUUGCGCGACUACUUGCUCCGGCUGGAAGAAACCAUCAUCUUUGCCUUGAUUGAGCGCGCCCAUUUUGCACGGAACGACCGCAUCUACCGCCGCGGCGAGGGCAGCGUGUGGGAAGCCAGCUCCACCCACUCGGCCCUUGGCCAGCAGUACAGCUUUCUCGAGUACUUUCUCCGCGAGACAGAACGCAUCCAAGCCCUGCUUGGUCGCUACAACGCCGAGGAUGAGAACCCCUUCUUUCCCGCCCUCACUCCCUCCUCCUUCUUGCCGCCGCGCAGCAGCGCCAACUUCCUCAAGCCCAACCGCAUCAACUACAACGCCAAGGUCCUGGACCAAUACCUCAAUGAGAUUGUGCCCAGCAUUUGUGCCGCUGGCGACGAUGGUCACUACGGCUCCUCAGCCGAUGCCGACAUUAUCUGUCUCCAAGCCAUCUCCAAACGCGUCCACUACGGCAAGCAGGUAGCCGAGGUCAAGUUCCGCGAACAGCGCGAGGCUUACACCCAGCUCAUCCGAGCUCGCGACACCGACGGCCUCAUGCGCCUCCUCACCAACCAGGCCGUUGAAGACCGCCUCCUACGCCGGGUUCGCCUCAAAGCCGCAACCUACGGACAAGAAAUCAGCGAUGUCCCUCGCCCAGCCCCACCCAAUUCUACUGCGACAGACGCUGCCAGCGCUGCGGCCACCGCCUUCAAAAUUGACCCAGACCUGCCUGAGCGCAUCUAUCGCGAGCUUCUGAUUCCCCUGACGAAAGACAUUGAAGUGGAAUACCUGCUUCAACGCCUAGAUGAGCAGUGCACCGUCGCCUACCUGGGCCCGCCUGGCACUCACUGCCUGCGCGCUGCUCAGGCCUGCUUCUCGCAAGGCGAAGACCUUUUGGCUUGUGACAGCAUUGACAAUAUUACCAAAGUCUAUUCACAUGCCAACGUGCUCGUGGAAUGCCAGGCACUUUUGGCAGACAUGAACUUGUCUGAUAAAUGCGUGCCCGUGGCCAGCACAGCCGAGGGGGCCCAGCGUGCCGCUGAAGAUCCACAUGCCGCCGCCCUCGUCUCGGAGCUGGCUCUCGAAAUGCACCCAGACCUGCGCGUCCUGCGCCAUGACAUGCAAGGCGCCGGUGCUGAGAACCGCACGCGCUUCCUCAUCAUUAGCCGCCACCUCCAGUUGUAUGUCUUCCGCCCAUCUGCAGCAGAACAGCUGUACAGCCUCACAUCUCACUCUUGCUCUGCUGCGGUGCACAUCGGGUGCGCGUAG